CUUGUAUCUGUCUGCAUACUAAGUUUCUCACCGGCUAGAGGUGAAUAUAAAAGAGCCAUCAUCCUUCCGUUUCCAUAAAUCGAUCGAGGUUGAAAGUGCUAUUUUGCGUUUAGGUAGUGUUUAUCGAAGGAGUCUCAUCUGACCCCUGCCGACAAGAUGUACAACCUCUCUUGUGUAGAUGGCCACCACUUCUCGAGCCCGCAUGAUGUUUACGUUCUUGAUAUCCAACGGCUUGGUGCUGGUCUCGGUGCCAUCUCUUCGGACCAGAAACUCAGCCUCUUCAACCCUGCCCGACUGGGCCAAGGCCCUGUUAAGUCGUAUCCGACCAGCCAUGGCAACCUGACGUGCUUCAAGACAUUCGACUGGCAGAACUCAAUCGUCUGUACUGCAGGUGAAAAUGGAGAGGUCUCGGUCUGGGAUAUGAGGGAAUCCUCUAAGCCACAGGUUGCUCACUUUGCAGCCAGUCAAGCGCCCGUUCUUUCCUUGGCCUGUGAUUCUAGGACAAGCACAAUUGCAAUCGGAACAGAGUUUCAAAACCAUGUAGCAUCCGUACUCCUGUGGGACAUCAGAGCCGGUCCGGCACAGAAGCUCCAGUACGACGAAGUUCACAGUGACGACGUGACGGAACUCCGCUUUCACCCCUCUGAGCCGCACGUCCUCCUCUCGGGCUCGACCGACGGGCUGGUUAACAUUUACGACACGCGUAUCUCGGAUGAGGACGAGGUUGUCAUCCAGACGCUAAACCAGGGCUCGGUCCACCACGCCUCCUUCCUCGGCAACACCGAGGUCUACGUGCUAACGCAUGACGAGAAGCUCGCAGUCUACAGUGUCGCCGAGGACCAUGGCUCGGGCGCCGCACUCGUCGACUUUGGCGACGCGAGGGAGAGUCUCGGCUGCCAAUACAUCGCCAACGUGACAACCAAGGUUGACGGCAGUGGCGCCAUCGUUGGUGCUGGCUCGCAAGACCGCCAGGUCUUCGAGUUAGUACACCUGUCGCGUACGACAGAGGGGGGCUGGGGAUUCGACAAAUCGAAUAGUGUCGGUCUGCCCGGCGGCCACGGAGAGGAGCUCGUUCGCUCGUUCUGCUUUUAUGACGAUGAGCAAGUCGUCUUUACUGCAGGAGAAGACGGCAACAUCAAGGCAUGGAGACCCAGCUGAACACCGAAAGACAAAGAACAAGAAAACGGUCGACAGGAGAAAAGAGUUUCGAGCGAAUACUGCUUUUCUUUCUGCCAUGUGAGAUUCUUUUCGCCUGGGUAUCAAUUGUCCUCCC